CAACCAAGUAUAAUUUUGGUGGUCAACUUCAUGUCCAUUUGGGUGAUCGUUUAACUACAUAAAUUAACAUACCAAGUCUGAAACGAGAGCUAAUACAAAUGCUGAGGUGUUCAUUCCAUGGUGCUAGGACUUCAUGUAUUAAUUAUGAGGUAGCUCAUGAAACUAACUUCCGGAAUAUCAACAAUUCUAUCACAUUAUUUAGUUGUCCUAAUCCUAUUCGUACUCAAGAUCAUGACGGUAGACGUUUAAAUAACUACAAUAAUCAUUCUCGUGAAAACAUGGGAGACAAUGCAUCGAAGAACUCCAAGGCAGUAAACAAAGAUCCUAACAUUGCCGUACGACCCACUGAGUCCUCAAUAUUGGGGAUUACUGGACAUAGACUGGCCAUACGAGGAUGCUGUGAAUUGCUAAUAAGAGAUUAUAAUUCUUCACACAUACUUUGUGAAUUUUUAGUUAGUGAAACAGGACUGUCAAUACUGAAAAGUCUUGAAGUGAAAUCAGAUGGAAAGACCUCUAGAAUAUGUGGUUACUAUAAAUUAACACUGAACUCCCGUUUGUUAAAACAAACGUGCACGAAGGGUAGAAGUUGAAGAUAUUCUAAAUCGAC